UGUUGGGAGGGAGGGUUUGGGGGGAGGGUUCGGAGUGAGAGUUGCAAUUCCUCUAAUCCUUCAAUUCAAGUUGGGAUUAUGUUGGCUUCAAUUGGAGAUAAAGGGAUUUGUCUUUCAACUUUCCCCAUUUCAAUGUCCCAAUUAGGAGGAACAACACUGUCCCUCUGCGUCCCUCCAUCGGAACAUCGGGGAAUUGUGCACCUCAAUGCAUCUUCUUUCACUUCAAAUUGGUUUCUUGUGUGCAAAUUUAUGACAGAAAGAUAAUAAUUUUCUGCUUUGAACUUAUUAUUUGAUAAACUUUGUGCUAGAAGCUCUUCUUGCCGUCCAGGUUGACAAAGGAGAUUGUAAAGCCCGUUCUUAUGUAAUAGUUAGGUAAUCAUUUAAGUAAUACGAACUUCCUUAAGUUUGUCUAUGUAGUUUGUCCUUAGAGUAGCGAAUAUAGACUGAUGAUAAAUGUAUUAUUGUGUUAAGCUUCUGCAAACCAUUUUAGUGAAUCCAUUAGUGAUAUUCUUCUGACUGAUCGAAUUUCCAUUUUAUGAUAUUGCAUGAUGAAUCCAUAGGGACGAUUUCUGGUGAAUAUUUCAUUUGGAUUCUUUGCUUGGUCUUGAGAACUGUGUUUUAAUACCCAGUGAAUGGUCCUUUCUAUUAGUAUGAUAAUCGCGCAACAAUAAGAAGCUGGUAGAGUGCUUCAUUGCAUAACCGCGUGCAGUUCUGAACUGAUGUUUUGGUCGUGUUUCUGAUUUGCAUUUAUUAAAGGCAAAUCUUGUUCUUGAGAUGUCCAUCAGUAUUCAGUGUGUGGUUUGUUCCUGGAGCUUGAACUAUGCUGUUGAACUAAAAUCAAAUUUUUAUGUCGAGAUUGGAUGGCCGUUGGCGAUAGGGUCUGUGGAUUAAAUUUUCGAGGGUGGGCGAUCCUUUCCAGAAUGGACUUCUUCAAGGGCUUAAAUCCUCUGUCCCCAUUUUCUAGCCCCGUAAAUCUUAUGAAUAUAUAUCGACACCGUAUCGGAAGACUUUCUUGUCCAUCCCCUUCAUAGCCGAAACAAUAUGAGCAGAAAAAACAACGUGGGAAGCAAGCAACUGAUGAUAAAAUUCCAAUCUCUCAGCAUAAAAUUAGUACUGAAGCUAGAAUCCAUACGAUCAUCUAAUACAAAGAACCCAUGUCAAGAUCCAUGAUAUGCCAGUCGACUCGAGGAUAGUCCAAACUCCGGUGAGAGAGACAAGCUCUAAACUCCAGUUGCGUGAUUAUAAAUCGAAGAACCCGAGAUUAACAAAUUAACAAGAUAAAUGCAAGCUCUAGCCUCCGACUAAAUGGUAACUUAAAAAAACCUAUUCCUCCUCUAAAUAUAAACAAGGGACUAGAAAAGAGCCAAAAAAAAAAAAGAAAAAAGAAAAGAGAAACAAUCAACAACGUUGUUGUUGGCUAUCUUAAGCCAUUAAACGAACCGUAUUUGGUGGGCUAUCAUCCGCUUCCCACUCCUCAACUAUUAAACUUGAAAAUUCCUUCUUUCCCACCAUCCAAUUCCUCCUUUCUAAUUCCUCUCAUCCGCAUUUCAAAGAACAACACGAGAAGAAUCACAAAAUAGAAGAAAGAAAGGAAGAAUUUCUCCUCUUCUUCUCCCCCGAAUCGACUUCAAAGAUCGUCCGCUUCGUUCGGUUAAGUUCCUCCCAAGGCAAAAAGCAGGGAAAAGGAUAUCACAUCGUCCGAGGAGACUUGUGAUUGUUGUUUGUGGAUAUGGAUCCGGCCGAGUUGCGGCGGGUGUUUCAGAUGUUCGAUAGGAAUGGGGACGGGCGGAUCACAAGGAAGGAGCUGAGCGACUCGUUGCAAAACCUCGGGAUCCAUAUCCCCGACAAGGACCUGGCGCAGAUGAUUGAGAAGAUCGAUGUGAACAAGGACGGGUACGUUGACAUAGACGAGUUUGGGGCACUGUACCAGACGAUAAUGGAUGAGCGGGAUGAGGAGGAGGACAUGAGGGAGGCCUUCAACGUGUUCGACCAGAACGGCGACGGUUUCAUCACCGUGGAGGAGCUGCGGUCGGUCCUUGCCUCACUUGGGCUGAAGCAAGGGAGGACCAUCGAGGACUGCAAGAAGAUGAUAAAGAAGGUCGACGUCGACGGCGACGGGAUGGUGAACUUCAGGGAGUUCAAGCAGAUGAUGAAGGGGGGAGGGUUUGCUGCUUUAGGAUCAAGUUGAUGAUGAUGCAUUAUGCAUCAUGCAUCAUGCUGAUAAUGACAUAUGGAUAUGAUGAUGAUGAUGAUGAUGAUGAUUACAUGUAUAGGGUCAAUGUAAUUAAUCAUUGAUAGGGUUUAUACAUACAUUGGGAAAUGGAGGAACGACAUGAUGAUGAUGUCGAAGAUGGGGCAUUU